AUGAGACUCUCAGGUCACAGGAUCAUAGCUCUGUCUCUCGUCAUACUCUUUCUCUACAUUCAUCGCGUUGAAGCCCGUCCCUUCGUUCUCGUUCUAUCCAAGGACGAUCUCAACAGCGGCUACGAUGAUAACGGCGCAUACGAGUCUUCUGAUUUCGAUGACUUCGGGGAAUCCGAAUCCAAAUCCGAGGAGGAGCUCGAUCCCGGCUCCUGGCGUCCAAUUCUCGACCCAAACGCUUCCACCGUCCACGCGGCAUCGCCGCAGUAUUACUCCGGACUCCACAAGAUCCUCGCUGCAGCGAGUGAGGGAAACACUGUUUUGAUGGAAGAGGCGGUUUCAGAGAUAGAUUCCUCCGCCUCGUCCGGAGAUCCGCACGCGCAAUCGGUGAUGGGGUUCGUGUACGGGAUUGGGAUGAUGCGAGAAACGAGCCGAGCCAAAUCGAUUCUCCAUCACCAUUUCGCAGCUGAAGGAGGAAACACGCAGUCCAAAAUGGCACUUGCUUUCAGGUAUCUUCGACAAAACAUGUAUGACAAAGCCGUAGAAUUAUAUGCUGAAUUAGCAGAGACAGCAGUCAAUAGCUUUCUGAUCUCAAAGGAAUCUCCGGUGGUAGAGCCGAUUAGAAUCCAUAUCGGAACAGAGGAGAACAAAGAAGCACUGAGGAAGUCCCGUGGGGAAGAUGAUGAGGAUUUUCAGAUAUUGGAGUACCAGGCACAGAAAGGGAGCCCUGCUGCAAUGUACAACAUGGGGCUGUUGUACUACUUUGGCCUCAAAGGAUUAAGGCGUGACCACGCCAAGGCAUUGUACUGGUUCUCGAAAGCGGUAGAGAAAGGAGAGCCAAUGUCAAUGGAGCUUUUGGGGGAGAUUUAUGCUAGAGGAGCUGGUGUUGAGAGAGAUUAUGAUAAAGCUCUUGAAUGUCUUACACUAGCAGCAAAGGGAGGUCUCUAUUCGGCGUUUAAUGGCCUUGGUUACUUGUAUGUCAAAGGCUAUGGAGUAGACAAGAGAAACUACACUAAGGCGAGAGAGUGUUUUGAGAAGGCUGCUGAUAAUGAAGACCCGAGCGGGCAUUAUAACCUUGGAGUGUUGUAUCUUAAAGGCAUUGGAGUGAAGAGGGAUGUGAGGCUGGCAACGAAAUACUUCUUAGUUGCUGCAAAUGCUGGCCAACCAAAAGCCUUUUAUCAAAUCGGGAAGAUGUUUCAUACUGGCGUUGGGCUUAAAAAGAACCUGGAAAUGGCCACAGUGUUUUAUAAGUUAGUAGCAGAGAGAGGACCAUGGAGUUCUCUCUCUAGAUACGCUCUUGAAGCUUACUUGAAAGGUGAUGUGGGGAAGGCUUUUAUACUGUAUUCAAGAAUGUCAGAGCUUGGCUAUGAAGCAGCACAGAGUAACGCUGCCUGGAUCCUUGAUAAGUACGGUGAGAGAAGCAUGUGUAUGGGAGUGUAUGGGUUUUGUACAGAUAAAGAAAGGCACGACCGGGCUCAUUCUUUGUGGUGGCGUGCCUCUGAACAGGGAAACGAACACGCCGCAUUGCUUAUCGGAGAUGCAUACUACUACGGUCGAGGUACGGAGAGGGAUUUUGGGCGUGCAGCAGAGGCAUACAUGUAUGCGAAAUCUCAAUCAAACGCACAAGCCAUGUUCAACCUCGGUUACAUGCACGAGCAUGGAGAAGGUCUUCCCUUUGACCUCCACCUUGCGAAACGUUACUACGAUCAAGCCCUCCAGAGCGACGCUGCUGCCAAAUUACCCGUCACGCUUGCUCUUGCGAGUUUAUGGGUUCGCAGAAACUACGCUGGUACCGCCAUGGUGCAAGUAUUGGAUUCUUUACCAGAAGUGUAUCCAAAAGUGGAGGAAUGGGUGGAGAAUGUGGUGUUGGAAGAAGGUAAUGCGACCAUACUAACUCUCAUCCUCUGUCUUAUCACCGUUUUAUAUCUCCGAGGGAGACGGCGUGGAGAGGUGGUUUUGGAUCCUGUCGGCGCUGACGUGGCACAGCCCAUUGCUGCUGGAGCAGUAGCCUUUCCCCACUAA